AAUGAGCCCUCGUUGCUAGUGGAGACGUUCCGGGGGAGCUUUAAAGAGCUUGUUUACAGAACGGAGAGAGCCUCUAGGUUGGCGGUGUUGCAUGCGAGGGGUCUGCAAGGUGACGUUGAAUAUAUAGGCUACUACACGGAUGGGAUAACGGAAUUCUUACCUGAGACACCCGCGCACAGACAGUUUUUGGUCGUUGUAACAGCUUAGAACUACUUAUGUGAUGUUAUAGUGGUUGCGAAUGACAUUACCGCAUUCCUGUUCGUUUUAAAAAUAAUAAUAAUUUACCGUUACUAGUUUUGGUGGGGGCAAGUGUUGGGAAUAAGGCGAGGUUUUAGAAUUGUAUCACUGCCGAAUUAUUUUGUGGACGGCGUGGACCAUCGGCACGGGACGAAAUGGAUAACGAAAAGUACUUACCAGAGCUGAUGGCAGAGAAGGACACACUGGACCCCACGUUUCAUCACUCUCUACGACUACUAGAUCAAGAAAUCGAAAAAUUACAAAAAGAUGAAGGAAAAGAAGAAAAAGAAGAGGAGAAGUUUAUCGACGUGGUCAUCAACAAGAACAUGAAGCUGGGACAGAAAGUGUUAAUACCCUUCAAACAGUUUCCCAAAUUUAACUUUGUGGGCAAACUGCUGGGUCCACGCGGGAACUCACUAAAGAGACUGCAGGAAGACACGCUCACUAAGAUGUCCAUUCUGGGGAAAGGAUCAAUGAGAGACAAAGAGAAGGAGGAAGAGCUACGGAAGAGCGGAGAGGCCAAAUAUCAGCACCUGAACGAGGAUCUCCAUGUCCUCAUAGAAGUGUUCGCUCCCCCUGCAGAGGCCUACAACAGGAUGGGUCACGCACUGGAGGAGAUCAAGAAGUUCCUCAUACCAGAUUACAAUGAUGAGAUCCGACAGGCGCAGCUGCAGGAGCUGACGUACCUGAAUGGUGGCUCAGAGGAUGCCAAGGUGCCAGCGGUGAGGGGCAAGCUGCCUGCAGCACGGGGUAGAGGGACACCUGCCCCAGGACCCAUCAGGAGUCGAGGAGGUGUGCCCCCUCCCCACGUAGCAGUCCCCCGUGGAGCAGCUCCGAGAGGGGCACCCCCCAGCCGGGUACCAUCCGCUCGAGGGAGGGGCGUGCCAGCACCAAGAGCACGAGGGGCUCCCCCGUCCGCGGGGUACAGACCACCACCACCCUUAGCACAGGACACAUAUGGGGAAUAUGAAUAUGAUGAUGGAUACGGGACAGCUUACGAUGACCAGGGUUAUGACUCCUACGACAACAGUUACAGCAAUCAAGGACAGAACUCAGACGAUUAUUAUGAGUACGGACACGAUAAUGGUGAGGAAUCAUAUGAGUCAUACGCAGGUCAGGAGGAGUGGACAACUAAUCGCGGCAAGGUGCCAGCUGCACGGACGACCAAGGGAGUGUACAGAGAGACGCCCUACUCCAGAUAUUGAACUGAUUAUACAACAACCUGCACAAUCCCUCACGGACGUGUCAUCAAGUAAUGGAUUUUAUACGGACGCUCCCUUUUUAGAAUAAAAACACUCAAUCGUAAAUGUGGGUUUUAAAAACAGAAAAAACCUGGUAUCAUAUCAAGACUGUUUUCACCAGAAUAAUGUGUAUAUUUUAGUCCAUCUACCCACUCCUAAACAAGUAGAUAUCUAAAUACCAUGGACCUGGUUAUAGAGGGAUUGGUCACUUUAAUAUGUUAGUGAUUUAGUUGUAGAGAGGUGAAGUAUUGUAGAUAUUUUUUUCCUGGGGGUGAUUGGUCAAUUGUGUCCCUUGUAAAUGAAACCUUUCCAAUCAGAAAACAGAACGAUCCUGAAAUACAUAUUGUUGUUUGAUCUCCUUUUGUAAAUGAUAGUUCUCUCGUGUUAAAGGGCUUAUACAAGCAUGGUGUGGAAUCAUUGUGGAUAGUGUCAGCUGUUUUAUUCCUGUCUUAAAACGUGUCUAGACGUGUGUGUUUCUGUUUAAUUCCCCUUUAAUCGAUCUACAUUCACAGGCCAUACUCUUCUUUUUUUUGUGUGUAAAAAUCUUCAGUAAAAAAAAAAAAAAAAGAAUCAAGAGCUACAAAACAUUUUAUGUAAAGCUCUUAAUCAUUAAUUCCAAUCUAUUAUUUUUUUUAGGGGUUUAAAAAUCUGAAAUGCUUUCAGACAAUGUAAUAAUCCGUUUCUUGAGACGUUAAACCAUGUAGAAUUGGUCUGGGAGCAGAAAUAGUGUAUAUAGUGCCUGAGUACCAUAUCAACCUUCUCUGCUUAUGUAGGCCCUUUACAUUUUUCUUCUUGGUUGAUGCUCAAUAAACUUUUUGAAAGAAGUAAGUUUGUGUUCAAGAGCC